AACAAAAAUAAAAGAAAUUUCAGUAACUCAUUUUGUACUUUUGCUAUCAAAUCUGUAGUUCAGAUUACAGCUACAAUGUCUAAAAUACCAGAACAUAUAACACCUUUGCACGAAUCGUUGUACAGUACUAUUCUUGAAAUUGCUAGUACUUCAAGCGUUAUUAAUGAAAGUGACUUGGAUAAAAUCUUUCCCGAUAAAUGUGACCAUUCACAUACUUUCAGAAAGGAGAUAGCGACUUAUGGUAGCAAGUCUACGCAAAGUACAGAUAAGGACCGCGAUCUCUCAUUGACGUCGAAAAGUAAAACAGGGAAAUCUUUUGAACAACCGUCUGACUCUUUACGAGCUAGUGAUACGGAUUCCGAUAGCGGUUGGGUUGUUGUGUCACCAUCUAAAUCACUUAUGAUGCAACGGCGACCACCGCAUUUAAACUCAUAUCUAUUGGAGCAAAAGGAAUUGAAUCCUCCUCCAUAUAGUGCUUUAACAUUAAGUGAAGAAGAAAUGCUGCCUGGAAUAAAACCAACAACAGAUGAGUGCUCUACAUACGCAGAACGAUAUUUAUGUCAAGAUAUAGAACCUGAAGCGGAAGCAUCAACGAAAACAACUCAAUCGCGGAUAGAAGAACGAUUUCCAUCUCGAAUAAACCCAAGUAUGGAACAGCUUCCUACCUACGUUGGGCGAUAUCUAUGGCAGGAAGUGGAUUCUAAGGCAAAUUCUUCAUCAGCUGAAAUCCAACAUCUGAGAGAAGAAUGUACGCUGUCUCAAAUAAAAUCUACAACAAAAAAGUUGCCUGCAUAUGAAGGACGAUAUCUAUGGCAAGAAACAAAAGCAGGGGCGCAACCCUUAGUGGCAAGUGGUGAAAAUCCAAAAGAAAAAACAAUGUCUCAAGUAACCCCGAGAGAUCAACAUUUGCCCUUAUAUGUAGAGCGUGCCUUGUUUCAGAAAAUGGGAUUGGAAUGUAGAUCUACACCAAAUAAUAUUCAGCUACUGAGAGAAGAACAUAUGUCAUCUCAAAUUAAACUGUCCACACAGCAACGAUCCAUAAAUGCCGAUCGAUGUCUAUUUGAGGUAACACAACUGAAUCCGAAACCGUCAACCAAUGUCAAACUGCUGAAGCAGGAGAACAAUCUGUCUCAAGCAAAACUAAAACCACAACAACUGUCCUCAUAUGCAAAACAGAGAGAGGAGAAGGAAGAACAGAGGUCACCUCAAAUGAAACAUAUAUCACCACAACUGUCCACUAAUGCAGGUCGAUACCAAUUUGAGAAAACAGAAGCAGAUCCGAAAUCUUCAUCAAAAGAAAAGCUACCCGAAAUAAAAUCUGAAACUCGGCACAUACCUAUCUAUGUAGAGCAAUGGCUAUUUGAGAAGACGAAGUCAAAACUGAAAGAAGAACAGAGAUCAUAUCUUAUUGAACCAAUAAAGUUACAGCGGCCCACAAAUACAGAUCUGUGUCUAUUUGAGAAACCAGAACCAAAUCGGAAAUUAUCACCAACUAGAGCAGAAAUACUAAGGGAAAACGAAAAACAAUCUCAACUAAAAGCAAAUACUCAGCCCCUGCUCAAAUACGUAGAGCGAUGCCCAUUUGAAAAGACGGAAUCAAGACCAAAACCACCACUGGACAGUAUUCAACAAAGAGAAGAACGGAGGUCAUCUCAAAUUAAGCCAACAACAUCACAAGUUUUCAUUAAUGCAAGCCGUUCUCCGGUUGAUAUAACACUGCCAUAUCGGAAAGGUGUACAGACAAUAUCAGAACCAAUGAAAGUAAAAGAAAAACAGAGCUCAUCUCAAAAUAAGCCGGCAACGCUACAACUGUCCACUAAUGUGAUUCGAAGUGUAUAUGAGAGACCAGAACUGUAUGGGAAAGCCUCACAGACCAGAACAGAAUCAUUAAGGGAAAAAGAAAAUUUAUCUCAAACAAAACAUACAGCUCAAUUCUUACCUUUACAUAUAGAGCAGUUGCUAUCUGAGACGACAGACCCAGAACGAAGAUUUACACAUGAUAAAAUUGAUUUACUGAGAGAAGAACACAGAUCAUUUCAAGGUACACCGAUAACGCCUACAAGUACGGAUGGAUAUUUAUUUGAGAAACCAAAACCGACAACUGAACUGUCCAUAGAACCAGAUCGAUGUAUAUUUGAGAAAACAGGACCAGAUCGGAAUUCUUCACCAACCACAGUCCAUCUCAUGCGGGAAAAUGGAAAUACGUUUCGUAAAAAACCAAUAACACAACACCUAUCAACAGUUAUAGAUCAAUUUCUAUUUGCAGACACGGAUUCCACUCGAAUUUCAUCAUCAACUAGCCCCCAAAAAAUAAAGGAAGAUGUAGAUCCGUCUCAAAUAAAAUUGAAAGCGCAACAAUUGACUACAUAUGUAGAUCGAGUUCUGUUUACGGGCACAGAAUCGAAACGAAAUCUUCAAGCGUCUAGUCCUCAGUCACUGAAGGAACAGCAAAUAUCGUUUCAAAUGAAACUGACAACGCAAAAAAUGUCUCCAAGUUCAAAUCGAUGUGCAAUUGAAAAAUCAAAAUCGAAUCAGACAUCCCUUACAACUGCUGUGCAACAGCUGAGGGAAGAACAGGUGCCAUCUAAAAUAAAAUUAUCCACAUACGUAGAUCAUUGUUUAACUGAGAAACAAGAAUCGGAGUUCGAUAGAGAUCGAUCAACGAGGGAAAAGCAGACUGCAAUUCAACAGCCAACGCGUAAUAUAGGUCAAUGUCAACAUGAGCAAUUAAAAUUGCAUCAAAAACCUUUGCCAAAUAAUAUUCAGUUGAUGAACGAAAAACAAAUGCUGUCUAAAGUAAAGCAACUAUCUACAGACGCACAUCAACGACUAUUUCCGCAAACAGUUUCCGAUCGAAAAUCUUGCCACGAUACAACGAGACCACUGAAUGAGAAACAGACUUUAUGCCAAAAACAAUCGACAAUUCAAACACUGCCCCUAGAUGAUGUUCGCUGUCUACAUAAGAAAUCAGAAUCGAAUCAAAAAUGUAUGCCAAAUAAUUUGCAACAACUAAUGCAAGAAGGGAGUUCGGUAAAAUCGACAACACAUUGGCUACCACCGGAGAUAAAUCAAUACCUAAUAGAGCAGGGAGAAUUGGAGCUGGAACUGUACACAUGUACAGGCCAAUGUUUAUUAGAAAAAACAAAAUCAGAGAGAUCGGAUCAACCCCAAACAGUGAAGGAAACACAGAUACCGUCUCAAAGAAAAUCGGUAGCUAUAAAUAUAAAUCGACGUCUGCGUGAGCAAACAUCGGUUCAGAUGCCUUCAUCAAACAUAACUCAAAAAAUGACUGAACAACAGUUACUAUCCACAUAUGCUAACUCGAAUAUAAAGGAAAGAGCAGAGAGGAAGAGCGAACCUCUGCAGCAUACAGUUCAACUUUCUGGAAAAGAACCUGUGUCAUCUGAAAUUGAGCAAACGGCUAAACGGCUGUCCACACAAAUACGGCUACCUCCAUCGGGUAGUGCUCAAAUGGCAGGGGUAGGAGAGUUGGAGUUUAAAAAAAAACCAAAAUUAGAACACUCACCCACAUAUGUAGAACAGUGUGGAUGGGAGGGAAUACAAUUUAAGUCAAAUCCCCGACCGCAAAAUGCUCAACCUAUAAAAAAAGAACAUGUAUUACACCAAAUAAAACCGACAGCUCAACAGCAGUUGGCAUACACAGGAUCACAGACCGCAACUCAACCAUUGGUGAAAGAAGAGUUGCUAUCUAAAAUAAAAGCAAAAAAUGAGCAAUUGCAUACAUAUAUAGAUGGAUUCAUUCGAGAGAAAAUGGAAUUGGUGUCAAAAGAUCCUCAAGUCACGUUUCAACCAAUUAUGGAACAACGAAUGUCUUGUCAAAUAAAAUCAACAAUAAAACAACCCACAGUUGAGGAACAAUAUAUGUGUGAAAAUAAUGAAUCGGUAUCGAAAACUCUAACACAUGAAGCUUCAGCACUGACAGAAGAAAAUAAGCUACUUCACAUAAAAUCGAUGGCACAUCAGCUGUCGGCAUAUGUAGAGCAAUGUUUGUUUGAGAAAAAAGAAUCUGCGAUAACAUCUACAAUGGAUAAAACUGAUUCAAUGAUGGAAAAACAGGAUCCAUCGCAAAUAAAACAUACAUUACAGCCACAGUCCACGAAUGUCGAUCAAUGUAUACUUGAAGAAGUAGAAUCUGAAGCGAAACCUCAAGCGGAAAAAGUUCAACCAGUGACGAAAACACAAAUAUCGUCUAUAUUUAAACCAAUAACACAAACGGUGUUAACAUAUGUAAAUCGAUAUAUAUUUAAGAAAGUAGAAUCAGAGACAAAUCACUUACUGGAUCAAUCUCAACCUCAACCCUUGAAAGAGGGACAAACCUCUAUAAUAAAAUCGAUAACACAAUUUUUGUCGACAAAUAAAGAGGUAAAUCAAAAGUUGAACACUCAAACGGAGCUUAGUCAAAAUGUUGAUGAAGCAAUAAAAGGUUUACCAAUCAAAUACCCAGCUUGCUUUGACAUCUUUAUAGAUAACGACGACGAGUUGCAAAUGUUUAGAAAUCAAAUCUUAGAUACUUAUAAAAGAAGAUUGGAAGAAAUUAGGAUUUAUGCUAACAAUGAUAUAAAUCUCAGGAAAAUAACUUAUGAGGAACAGGAAUCAAUUAUGGGUAAAUUAGCCAGUUCAAUGGCAGCUAAUACUAAAGAGUUUGAAGAGGAACUAAUGGAGCUCUUAAAUAACGCUAAGGCCAAAACAAAGAAGAAAGCAAAAAAAGGUGGUAAAAAUCAAAACAAACGCAGAUGCGAACAAUGCCGCAGCGAUUUAGAAGAAAAAGUACAAUUGGAUGAAUCUAAUGCGUGAUGUGAUGAAGAUAAACAAAAUUGGAAGUCUGGAUCCUUAAAUUAAAUAGUUUCAAUAUAUUUUAUAAAUUUAAAUUAUUGGUAGAUUUUUUCGGUGAAGGCAUAAUAUAACAAAUCCUAUUAAAUUUGAAAAUAGAUUUAAUUCAU